ACUCGCUCUAGUAGCUGUGGUCCGGGCUCGGGACCGGCUGCCAUCUUAGUCGAGGGACUGAAGAGUCGCCGCCGCCCCGAGUCCCGGUAACAUGCAUUUAACAGUGGCCUUCUGGAGACAGCGCCUUAACCCAAAGAAGUGACUUCAAACAGUGAAAACUUCAGGCAUAAUGAAUGAUGCUGCUGCUAUGUACAAAUACCUCUUCAAGACCCUGCUUUCCAUUUUUGGGGGUAUAUGCCAAGAAGUGAAAUUGCUGGAUCAUGUGGUUUGCCGUCCUGUUGGUGUUAUGUCUGACAGUGGAUCACAGCUUGGUUCAAUGGGUAGCCUAACCAUGAAAUCACAACUUCAGAUAACUGUCAUUUCAGCGAAACUUAAAGAAAAUAAAAAGAAUUGGUUUGGGCCAAGUCCUUAUGUGGAAGUCACAGUAGAUGGACAGUCAAAGAAGACAGAAAAAUGCAACAAUACGAACAGUCCCAAAUGGAAGCAACCUCUUACAGUUAUCGUCACCCCUGUGAGUAAAUUACAUUUUCGUGUGUGGAGUCACCAGACACUGAAAUCUGAUGUUUUGUUGGGAACUGCUGCAUUAGAUAUCUAUGAAACAUUAAAGUCAAACAAUAUGAAACUUGAGGAAGUAGUUGUGACUUUACAGCUUGUAGGUGACAAAGAACCAACAGAGACAAUAGGAGAUUUGUCAGUUUGUCUCGAUGGGCUGCAGCUAGAGUCUGAUGUUGUUGCUAAUGGUGAAACUACAUGUUCAGAAAGUGCUUCACAGAAUGAUGAUGGCUCCAGACCCAAGGAUGAAACAAGAGCGAACACAAAUGGAUCAGACCACCCUGAGGAUGCAGGGUCUGGUGAAAAUAGGAGGGUCAAUGGGAACAAUUCUCCAUCACUCUCAAAUGGCGGUUUUAAACCUUCUAGGCCUCCAAGACCUUCACGACCACCUCCACCUACCCCACGUAGACCAGCAUCUGUCAAUGGCUCACCAUCUGCCACUUCUGAAAGUGAUGGCUCUAGUACAGGCUCUCUGCCACCAACGAAUACAAAUUCAAAUACAUCUGAAGGAGCAACGUCUGGAUUAAUAAUUCCUCUUACUAUAUCUGGAGGUUCAGGCCCUAGGCCAUUAAAUCCUGUACCUCAAGCUCCCCUUCCACCCGGUUGGGAGCAGAGAGUGGACCAGCAUGGACGAGUUUACUAUGUAGAUCAUAUUGAAAAAAGAACAACAUGGGAUAGACCAGAACCUCUACCUCCUGGCUGGGAACGGCGGGUUGACAACAUGGGACGUAUUUAUUAUGUUGACCAUUUCACAAGAACAACGACGUGGCAGAGGCCAACAUUGGAAUCUGUCCGGAACUAUGAACAAUGGCAGCUCCAACGUAGUCAGCUUCAAGGAGCUAUGCAGCAAUUUAACCAGAGGUUCAUUUAUGGGAAUCAAGACUUGUUUGCUACAUCACAAAAUAAAGAAUUUGAUCCCCUGGGUCCCCUGCCACCUGGAUGGGAGAAGAGAACGGACAGCAAUGGUAGAGUAUAUUUUGUCAACCACAAUACUCGUAUCACACAAUGGGAAGACCCCAGAAAUCAAGGUCAAUUAAAUGAAAAGCCCUUACCUGAAGGCUGGGAAAUGAGGUUCACAGUAGAUGGAAUUCCAUAUUUUGUGGACCACAAUAGAAGAACAACCACCUAUAUAGAUCCCCGCACUGGAAAAUCUGCCUUAGACAAUGGACCCCAGAUAGCCUAUGUACGGGACUUCAAGGCAAAGGUUCAGUAUUUCCGGUUCUGGUGUCAGCAACUGGCCAUGCCACAGCACAUAAAGAUUACAGUGACAAGAAAAACAUUGUUUGAGGAUUCCUUUCAGCAGAUAAUGAGCUUCAGUCCCCAAGAUCUGCGAAGACGUUUGUGGGUGAUUUUUCCAGGAGAAGAAGGUUUAGAUUAUGGAGGUGUAGCAAGAGAAUGGUUCUUUCUUUUGUCACAUGAGGUGUUGAACCCAAUGUAUUGCCUGUUUGAAUAUGCAGGGAAGGAUAAUUACUGCUUGCAGAUAAACCCCGCUUCUUACAUCAAUCCAGAUCACCUGAAAUAUUUUCGUUUUAUUGGCAGGUUUAUUGCUAUGGCUCUGUUCCAUGGGAAAUUCAUAGACACAGGUUUUUCUUUGCCAUUCUAUAAGCGUAUCUUGAACAAACCAGUUGGACUCAAGGAUUUAGAAUCUAUUGAUCCAGAAUUUUACAAUUCUCUCAUCUGGGUUAAAGAAAACAAUAUUGAGGAAUGUGGUUUGGAAAUGUAUUUUUCCGUCGAUAAAGAAAUUUUAGGUGAAAUCAAGAGUCAUGAUUUGAAACCCAAUGGUGGCAAUAUUCUUGUAACAGAAGAAAAUAAAGAGGAAUAUAUCAGAAUGGUAGCUGAAUGGAGGUUGUCUCGCGGUGUUGAAGAACAGACACAAGCUUUCUUUGAGGGCUUUAAUGAAAUUCUUCCCCAGCAGUAUUUGCAGUACUUUGAUGCAAAGGAAUUAGAGGUUCUUUUAUGUGGAAUGCAAGAGAUUGAUUUGAAUGACUGGCAAAGACAUGCCAUCUACCGUCAUUACACUAGGACAAGCAAACAAAUCAUGUGGUUUUGGCAGUUUGUUAAAGAAAUCGAUAAUGAGAAGAGAAUGAGACUUUUGCAGUUUGUUACUGGAACCUGCCGAUUGCCUGUUGGAGGAUUUGCUGACCUCAUGGGGAGCAAUGGGCCACAGAAAUUCUGCAUUGAAAAAGUUGGGAAAGAAAAUUGGUUGCCUAGAAGUCAUACCUGAUUGUUUCUGCUCUUCUGGGUUCUUUGGAUUUCCAUAUGAAUUAUAAGAUCAGCUUGUCCAUUUCUGCAAAGAGGUCAGCUGGGAUUUUGAUGUGAAUUGCUUUGAUCAGUUUGGGGGAGUAAGGUCAUCUUAACAGUAUUAAGUCUUCUGAUCCAUGAAUAUCAGGUGUCUUUCCAUUUGUUUAGGUGUUUAUUUCAACAGUGUUUUGUGGUUUUCAUUACACAAGCACUGCAUUUCUUCUGAUAAAUU